UUUCUUUUUUUUUUUUACUGAUUGAAAAGAUUCGAAUCACUGAAAUGACUCGAAAUGCGGUGACUUGGAAGGCUGGUUAGCAGAGAUUACCUCGUCCUGAGGGGGCGCGCGGCUCUCACUGAGUUUAAGUUGAGGAGAUGAGAGAAGCGCCAGUUCAUUCACUGUCAGAUCCCCUCCACGCGCGCGAGCGAGACGUGUUCAAGUUUGAACCGAAUUAGUUUUAUAUGACGAGUUGAGGACACAAAGUGUGGACGGUGCAUAAAAUGGACUAUUUUGGAUAAACGUGGACUCUUUAUUCUAUCAUGGUUUUGAAUCUAGGACUACCUUUGGAUUUAGAAUUUAUGAUUUUUAAAAAUUAAACUCAGAAGCGAUGCGGUCAAGGGAUGAAGGUUCGCUUCAUUCAUGUUUUCUUUUUGUGUGAAAUGAUCUCGCGCAAUGUUUUGUGACUUUUUAACGGAUUAAAAACGACAAUAAUUUAUUAAUAGGAGUAUAAUUCAGAGAGUCGUUUUUUAGGGCUUUGACAUAGGCUACUUGUGAAGAGUUUAUCCUUAGAGAGGUUUGUCUGUGGAAAGGCAUGUUCCCUGGCUCCACGCCGGUUGGAGCAUCUUUGCGGCUCCGGUCGGGAAGGUUUUGCAUGCACUGGGACACAUUUGGACCACAGGGGAGAUGAGAACCGUGCUGAUCUACUUUCUCUUCUGCUGCUUCUCUGUGCUUUCAGCAGCCGCUGAGGAAGCGCCGAUUCCCCGAGAGCUGAUCGAGAGACUCUCUAACAGCGACAUCCGCAGCAUCAGCGACCUCCAGAGGCUCCUGGAGAUUGACUUCGUAGAGAAUGAGGUGCUGGAAGACGUUAAGCAGGGCCACCAUAAGGAGCAUCUGUAUGACAGCAGACACCUCAAGAGUUCACACGCACACUCGAGACGCAAGAGAAGCAUCGAGGAGGCAGUGCCAGCCGUCUGUAAGACUCGCACAGUGAUCUACGAGAUCCCACGCAGUCAGGUGGAUCCCACGGCUGCCAACUUCCUGAUCUGGCCUCCGUGUGUCGAGGUGAGGCGAUGCUCAGGCUGCUGCAACACCAGCAACAUGCGCUGCCACCCGUCCAAAAAAUACUACAGGACUGUGAAGGUGGCCAAGGUGGAGUACGUACGCAGGAGGCCAAAGCUUCGGGAGGUGCAGGUGCAGCUGGAGGAUCAUCUCGAGUGUGUGUGCACGUCCAAACAUCACUCAGAGUCCCGCAUACACACAGCAGAUAUAAGGUGAGCGUGGCUCUGGAUAAAAGAAAGCAGAGAAGGAGGGCCAUCACAUCCAAUCAGAUAACUCGGACUGCACGACAGCCAUUGAGUGAUAUCAUCUGAAGAGACGAGGCGGAUGUGAACUGUUCAACAAUGAGCGAAUCAGGGCGGCCUUUUUGGCUUACUUUGGACUUUUGAUGCACCUUUAGAAGCGACCCCGAGAGACCCUUUGGAUUAAAACCCUGGGGGAACAAAGCACAAAAAACUAGAGACUGCAAUGACAGAGACUCGCAGAGCCUGAAAACGAACUUUGAGUCGCAGACGUCGAAGUACUGAUUCCACGACCUUUUAAAGGAGCAUCUAUCACAACUUUAUUUGUGUAUCAAAAUGUAUUUCUCCAGCGAAUAUCUGUAUCUUAUUUUUGUAUAACUGCCAGUUUUCUAUCAACACUGAUCUUCUCUUGUCUUAUAUAUGUCGUAGAAUGAACGAGUACAACAAAACACAAUCUACAGUAACUGAUACUUAAUAAAGUGAAUACAUUUUA